AUGUCGGAGGAUUCCCCGUCUCAGAGGUUCCUUACGCAAAAUAAAGACGUCGAACACGGUGGCGAAAAGCGGGACGGAACAUCGCCCAUCCUAAAACGUUCCUUGGGAGUUCCCGGAGGAAUUGCGUUCCUCGUUGGAACGAUAGUCGGGUCGGGGAUCUUCGCAACUCCAAAAUGGGUGCUGUUCUAUGUUGGCUCCGAAGGAAUGUCUUUAGUGAUGUGGACCAUUUGCGGGAUAUUCGCGCUUUUCGGCGCGUUAUGUUACAGCGAGUUAGGAACCCUGAUUCCGAAAUCUGGUGCCGUAACAGAAGAAAGUUUAGCAAUCUAUGAAGCGGCUGCCCCUACUAACAUGAAGAAAACUUCACAAAUCGCCGAGCAGUAUUUCCAAACUUAUUUCGCCGAAGCAACUUGA